AUGCAAUGCAGAGAGUUGUUAUGGGAUCCCUGCGAUAUGUGUAACUGUCAACAGAGAAGCGUAAAGAGCACCUGAACGUGAUAAAUGUGCAAUUUGUUGUGUCUGUGAUAUACAGUGAUAUUUUCUUUAAUAGAUUUAGUUUACUAGAAGUUUUAUAUUGAUCAUGGAGUCAACUGAGCCUCCUUUCUGAAGGAAAUAGUUCACCAGGUUUGUCCUCGAGCUCAUGCAUGUUGCGGGAGGUGGCGCGAUAUCACUUCAAGGAGAACAAUCUGAAGAUUCUCAGACUCCAGCAUCUACACCACCUUCACCAGAUCAAACGAGAAACGACCAUGACGGUUCAAGUAAAUCGAAUUCUACCUCAGCAUCACCAGUUCCUGAAGAGUCUGGAACAAGAGCUGAGGCUGUUGUGGCUGACAUCAGUGGUGCAUCAGCUGACGCAUCGAAUGAUGCACAGCAGGCGGCUGCACCAGAUGAAGCCACGGUUGUAGCACCAGCUACAAGGGAGGUUGUCAGAGCCAGACACAGACCCCUCUCAGCAGACAGGACGCGUCACAUCCGCAGCCAGUGGCUGUCGCAGUCUACCAACCAAUCCACAUCCAGUAGUAGACUAAGUGUAUUGGGAUGCAGCAAUGGCAGGUUUCACCUUCAGUGGAACAUCCAGGAAGCCACGAAUCCUAAUGACUGGAUUGCCUUGUGCUGUGUUGGUACUGAGAAGAGUGUAAGCACAAAUGGUUGUCGCUGAGGCUGCAGAAAAGAAGCUGAGCAGAAUUUGGAGUUGAGAAGAGACAGCUGACUUGUGAGAAGGUUUGAACGUGAAUCAACUUAUGGGAAACUAGGAAGACAUAUUAAAAUGAAAAUUAUAGCUGUUGAACUUGAAGAUGUACUCAGCAGUACAAGUGAUCAUGACCAUUGAAAUGUGUGUAAAGGAUGUAAGAUUGAGCUAAGGGAAAAGUUAGUUAUAGCAUCAGAGAAACGAACUCCUGUGGAAUGAGUGUUUCUCUGUAGAUGCAGGUAAUAGCAAUGGGGAAAAAGUCACGAGAUGAUUAAUUUAAUGCGUUGUACAUGGAAUAGUGUAAGAAAUCAUUACAUUGGGAACAUCAUCUAAAAUGUGGCCAGGAAUCUAACAAAAUAAUAUGAAAACUCUGAUAUAAGCACCUCUACUUUGGAGCCUGUUUUCUGAUUCAUCUCUAAUGCAUUUACAUCUCCUCUGGGCAUGUCCUAGCCAUCAGUAUGUAUGUGAUAGUUGAGAUGACGUCUUGAAUCUUACAAGACUUUCAGCUAAGACAAAGUUGUCAGUGCUUGUUUAGUUGAUGCAUCCUUGAUCAUUGUCAUAAAUCUACUAGCUAGUUACUGUACCUAGUGUCAAGACAGAAUAGAGUUUCUGAGCAAACACUAUCUACUAAAUACAAUAGCGAGAUGUAAAGUAAACUUCAGGUAAAUUAAACUUAUUGACAGGAGGUCAUGUUUAUUGUCUAAGAAAAACACUGGUACUUCAAUGUGACUGCUGAACUUUGUAUGUAUCAGGUGAACACAGUGUCAAUGAAAACAGUAUGUCAGACACUACUUAAACAUAACAUGCAUGAGAGAUAUUUUCAUUCUGGUUGGUGCAACUGUUACACAGUAUGUAUGUAAUGACAUCUUCCCAAAUAACUGUAAGGUAUAUUGUGUCCAGUUAAUUUCACAAUUGAUUUCGGCCUUUGUGCCAUCUCUGAUGGUUUCAAAGCACCUUAGAACAUAUCAUAACCUAAAAUCAAAUCAUAAUGCACCAGAAACUGGUCACCAUCAAAGUUCAUGGCCGUACACAUGUUCAUCACGUGUUCUGUUGAUGAUUUUUGCCAGAGGGGAUUGCAAGAAGAUAAAUUUUUCACUCAUGUAGGUUUUUGGAUGAGAAUAAUAAUGAAGUCACAUCGUAGCCUCCACAAUCAACAGGCUUGAAUGUUAUGGAGCCACUUGGUCUCAGUUGUAAAACAACUAAGAGCCAGUUGUCUUCUGUCACAAUCUGUCUAGGAGCUGAAACAGUUUCUUUGCACGUAAUGGUAGAAAACAUUAUUGAUUACUGUUAGGGUUUCCAUACAUCAGUAUCCGGUGCUCAGAAUGUGUUAGAAGCCAGCGUGGUGUACAGAGUUAUUUUGUCCAACUCUUGUAUCUGUUGAGGUGUGCAGUAAAAGGCAUAAUGAGGGACAUUCAGAACAACAAGACUAAUUGGUACAU